CCCGCAGCGGCGGCGGCGCUCGCCUCGGAGUCUCCCGCGCGCACCCCAGCCGCCUCCUAGCGGCGCGGCGCCCGCUCCUACGCCUAAAAUGACGAAUGUGUGAUUUCACUGGAAUAAAUGGCGUCCAAAGUCACAGAUGCUAUAGUCUGGUAUCAAAAGAAGAUUGGAGCAUAUGAUCAACAAAUAUGGGAAAAAUCUGUUGAACAAAGAGAAAUCAAGGGUUUAAGGAAUAAACCAAAGAAAACAGCGCAUGUGAAACCAGACCUCAUAGAUGUUGAUCUUGUAAGAGGGUCUGCAUUUGCUAAGGCAAAACCUGAAAGUCCUUGGACUUCUCUGACUAGAAAGGGAAUCGUUCGAGUUGUGUUUUUCCCCUUUUUCUUCCGGUGGUGGUUACAAGUAACAUCAAAAGUCAUCUUUUUCUGGCUUCUUGUCCUUUAUCUUCUGCAAGUUGCUGCAGUAGUAUUAUUCUGUUCCGCUUCUAGCCCACACAGCAUACCUCUGACGGAAGUGAUUGGGCCAGUAUGGCUGAUGCUGCUCCUGGGAACUGUUCACUGCCAGAUCGUGUCAACAAGAACACCAAAACCCCCUCUGAGUGCAGGGGGUAAAAGAAGAAGGAAAUUAAGAAAAGCAGCCCAUUUGGAAGUCCAUAGGGAAGGAGAUGGUUCUAGUACCACAGAUAACACACAGGAGGGAGCAGCUCAGAGCCACGGGACAAGCACCUCUUACAGCGUUGGUGCUGUCUUCAGAGAUCUCUGGCAUGCCGCUUUCUUUUUAUCAGGGUUUGUAUUUAUUCAAGGCUUUAUAUGGAAUAGAGAUGCACUAUCCCUUUUCUGGCACUUCAGUCUCAGUGUCUUUAAGAUAGAUAGUUUUAUCCCCCAUUGCCAGAAGACUAAAGUAAGGGUCAGAGACAAGGAUGCCCCUAAAUCGGGUACUAGUUGCAGCUCUCGCUGUUCAAGUUCCAGACAGGAUUCUGAGAGUACAAGGCCAGAAUCUGAAACAGAAGAUGUAUUAUGGGAAGACUUAUUACACUGUGCAGAAUGCCGGUCAUCUUGUACCAGUGAGACAGAUAUGGAAAAUCCUCAAAUUAAUCCAAGUGUGAAAAAAGAAUAUAGAGACGACCCUUUUCAUCAGAGUCAUUUGCCCUGGCUCCAUAGUUCCCACCCAGGAUUAGAAAAAAUCAGUGCUAUAGUGUGGGAAGGCAAUGACUGUAAGAAAGCAGACAUGUCCGUGCUUGAAAUCAGCGGAAUGAUAAUGAACAGAGUGAACAGCCAUAUACCAGGAAUAGGAUACCAGAUUUUUGGAAAUGCAAUCUCUCUAAUCCUGGGUUUAACUCCAUUUGUUUUCCGACUCUCCCAAGCUACAGACUUGGAACAACUCACAGCACAUUCUGCUUCAGAACUUUAUGUGAUUGCAUUUGGUUCUAAUGAAGAUGUCAUAGUUCUUUCUAUGGUUAUAAUAAGCUUUGUGGUUCGUGUAUCUCUUGUGUGGAUUUUCUUUUUUUUGCUCUGUGUAGCAGAAAGAACUUAUAAACAGCGAUUGCUUUUUGCAAAACUCUUUGGACACUUAACAUCGGCAAGGAGGGCUCGAAAAUCUGAGGUUCCUCAUUUCCGGUUGAAGAAAGUACAGAAUAUAAAAAUGUGGCUAUCUCUCCGGUCCUACCUUAAGCGUCGAGGUCCUCAGCGAUCAGUUGAUGUAAUAGUUUCAUCUGCUUUCUUGUUGACUAUAUCAGUUGUGUUUAUCUGUUGUGCCCAGUUGCUUCAUGUGCAUGAGAUCUUCCUUGAUUGUCACUACAAUUGGGAGCUAGUAAUCUGGUGCAUCUCGUUAACGCUUUUCCUCCUAAGAUUUGUUACCCUUGGAUCAGAAACAAGUAAAAAAUAUAGCAAUACCUCAAUAUUACUUACUGAACAGAUAAACCUCUACUUGAAAAUGGAGAAGAAACCUAACAAAAAAGAGGAACUGACACUAGUGAAUAAUGUUUUAAAGCUGGCUACUAAACUGCUAAAGGAAUUGGACAGUCCCUUUAGAUUGUAUGGGCUUACAAUGAAUCCACUGCUUUAUAACAUCACCCAGGUUGUCAUCCUGUCAGCUGUCUCUGGUGUUAUCAGUGACUUGCUUGGAUUUAAUUUAAAGCUAUGGAAGAUUAAAUCAUGACAAUUCAGAGAAAAGAAGAUGUAGCCUCUUUUCCAGAAUAAGAGUACCAACUAAGCUGCCUGCAAGCAGUCACUGACUCUUUGCUUCAGGAGUCUCAGCUGGGAAAUCGAAGUGUUUACAUCAGACUGUCUUGUGCAAUUCUUAUAUUUAUUUUACUUGUUCACUGUUUUUUUUUACAUUUAUUUUAGUCUUUAUAUUUUAUUUUUAGCAUUGAUGUACUUAGUUGUUGCAAGGGUGAUAAAACUGAUAUCCAGAUACUUGAGAUCCUGGUAAUUGUUCAUAAAUAGUUGACAAAAUAACAAAUCGUGAGACUAGAAGCCAUUCUAAGCACUGUUUCUCCAUCAAUGCCGUGAACUUGCCUUACUUGAAAGGAAAACUUCUUUAACUUUGGAAUAUUGCAUUGGACUCAGCUAGACACAGGAAGCAUCUUCUUUGGUAAAUCAAGAUCCAGUCAGGGUUUCUUUUGAAUUAUUUUGGAACAAUGCCAGGAUCUACACUGAUUAAGCUGCAGUUACACACCCUUCAGUAUUAAUAUAUAUGGUAUUACAUAACAGGUCAACAAGUGCUCUUUGAUGAUAAAACUCUUAAUAGAGCAAUAAUUGUAAAUGGUUACCAUACUGUAAGAUAUUUUGAUAAAAAUUAACUAGUAAUAAUUGUAUUUAUUUGAAACACUGGGCUGUUUGCACAGCUCCAACUGUGCAUGCUCAAAAUGUGCACUUUUUAAAAUUGUUACUUUUAAAUGCGUAUCUUUAUAUGGGAUAUGUUAUAGUGUACUAGGGCAUGAUAUGGUAUCCUUUUGAGUGAGGUAUACACUCAUCUCACAAGUGAAGUGCCUAUUGAUAUUACUAAAGUACAUUAUGUUUACUCAAGUAAAAUAAUUUUUCCCCAUGGUACACUAUAGUGUAUACACACUCAAAUGAACAACUUAAGAAUAAGGUUAAGAACCAAUAAAAUAUUCCUCUGAUUGCUAGUUAUUAAAACUAUAUCCAGAUUUUCAGAAAAGAGCUUCAGUUUGCAAAUUCUAUCUUCUAAACUUAACCUGGUGCAUCCCCCUUACCCCCAAUUUUAUAAGGGCUAUUUUAGAUGCUUUUAACCUGGAAAGUUACCUACUCCCCCUCCCCACCACCACCACCACACACACACACCCGCAAUUUGCCAAGUGUCCAAAUGAGAACUUACCAUGUUGGCAUGUUAGGUAAAUAGAGUGAAUAUGAUGGUAUCUUACGUUGGGCCUUGAUUUUAAGUUGUUACAUUUGUACAAUCAAGAAUAUAUUAGGAAUUACAUGAAACAUGAAAUGUUUUUGCAAUUUUUUUUAAACUGGGUAUCUAGUUUCUAAAACAAAGAAUUUAUUUGAAACAGUAUAGAAUUUUCUUGGUGCAAGGUGUAUCAUGUUGAAUAUCCUCACAUUUUUUACCAUGUUUUAGGGAAUUUAAAAUAAUUAAUUGUAAAUGAUUUAUUUGAUUGGUGCCGUUUUAAUCCCCAAAUCGUAAUCUUAAGAUCAGGAAUGCGUAGAGAACAGAGCCAUGUCAUAAUAUCUCUUUGCUCUUACCAUUCCUUUUGAUCAGCCUCAAUUCAGCCUCAUUGUGUAGUGUAUUUUUUUUGUGUAGAAAACAACAAAAGCAAUUUGUUUUAUUUGCCUGUGUUCUCAUAUGUUUAAUAAUGACCAAAGUGCAUUCUGAGUUUUUUCAAGGAAUGUAUUACUGGAGCUUUAAGAACAUACUUAUUUUCUCAUGUGAAAAAUUAGGCUUUGUUUGAUACGUUUCUUCUUCCUCUAUUGUCUAAUGUUGAGGUUGUUUUUAGGAAUUAUAUUUUAUAAACUUUUUCAGAAUAAGGUACAUACCUAUACAGAACUUAACAUUUUGCACAGAAUAUAUCAAAUAUAUUUUGAGAAAAAAAGUACAGCAUGAGUUCUGUUAGGAAUAAAAGAUAAAACUAUUGUAUCUCACAAAAAAAAAAAAAACUUAUUUCAGAAUGGAAAUAUUUUUGAGAAAGGUAGCUGAGUAUGCGUGUUUUGGAUUGAAGUUCAUUUUAACUUAGAGUUGGGAGUUGAUUUGUUGAGUACAGUAUACCUCUCAAUGACCUAUAAAUAAUAUGAAUUAUGUCACUAAGGUGGGCAGCAGUAGAAUACCAAAAGGAAAAAGUUGUCAUUUUAAGCAAUUUCAAAACAUUAAUGGAACUGUUUCAAAGCAGAAAAAUUGACAUUUGCUGCCUUUAAGAAUACCAUGAAUGUAAGAAAUCGAAAGAAAUUGUAACAUAUCACAUAAUAUAGAAAAGGCAGUUCAAAGAUAGAAUUGUGGCAGAUGUUGUGUGUUAACUGUUGUUUCUUUGCCACAUGUGUUGUAUUUGAAAGUUUGAACAGCAAGUUUAAAAUAAAAUAUUCUAUGCUGACAGUGUCAA